AUGCAACCUUUACUCAAAGAUGCUCCGUCUUACUUUGACUAUACGCCCUGGAGGCCUGCAUCGUCGGAGGCCCACACGCCUAGCUCAGAGCCCAUCAGCCCUGGCAGCUCACGCAAAGUAACACCGCUCUCAAAACCUGGACGCGGCAGCGCGCGAUCUCCGUCGGAGUACGGGGCAGUACAGAAAAGAAUCCGUGUUCGAACAAUUUCCGAGGAUCAGGGCAGCCAUUCUGUACCCAUCCAAGGCUCGAGUCGGCCUCGAGCGGGCAAGCGUGCGUCGAGUGCCACCGUUGGUAGGGAUCGACGCGACAGACGCCAUCCAGUUGCUAAAUCCUCCCUCGAGGAAUCUGCCGAAAGUGUCCCUGUCGAUUUCGGCAAGGCUGCUCCAGGCACUGGCCUUGAUGCUCAUGAUAAGAGCCCUCCACACACUCCGAGUCGACCACCAAUAGGCCACGGAUGGGCCAGGUCGACUUCAGGAAGUGUUUGGUUCAGGAUCAAACAGUCGUCCAGCGAAGUCGAUCGGCCACUGCUCAGCCAGACUGACUCUGAGAGGCUCAUCGUACGUACAGACCAGACACCGUUGAGACCCCCAGCUGCGUCCAGCAGCAGUACCGCUGCCGGUCGCUCCACACUCAGUGCUAUAAAAGUUGAGACUGAAUUCACGGAUUCAGAUCCAAAGCAACAAAGGCCAGUGACGCAGCCGGCUGAGCUCCUAGGCGACGCGACAGCUCGCAAAGGUUCCUUCAAUCCCUUGCAUUUCUUUUCGGCUCCUUUCCUACUCGUUCGUCGCUCGAGCCUCUUGAAACGACAGAGCAAAACCAAGGUGGCCGAAGCCCGAAUCACUCCCCCCGAGCCCGAGGAUCCGCUCCUUGCUGACCACCGUAGCUUGUUGAAGAGGAAUUACACAUCUGAAGCUCUCAGCCGCGUAAGCGCGAUACUGCAGGAGAUGAAGCAUUCUCCCCAAGGCUCCUUACGGCCAUCGGCGGUCAUCAAGCCGCUGAGAUGGAGGACAUUCUCUGACAAGUGGAAUUCGAUGAGAGCUGACAAAGAUCAUCUUAUGGUACCUGGAGUUACCGAUCACCUCACUGCACAACAGAGAAAGAGUAUCGAGCAGCUCUCCGAUACUCGAUCGUACACGUCGAGCGAAAGGAACCUCCUAAUGGGACGGCAGCCGAACAAUAGCCCUGCUGAGCAGGCGACGUACCGGGUCAAACGAAGCGCCAGUGCAGAAACCGAAGAGUUUCUCAAAGUGGACAUCAGCAUACGAGGAGGCACCAGCUAUCUACCGAGCGAGGCACGUCGAAUCCACACUCCACCACUCCCUGAAGAGGGUAUAGACGGUCGGUGGAGAGGGUUUUUCUUUGACUACAACGCUCCAGGACGAGCGGGCAAGCUGCGAAACGUUGGUAUAGGGAGGGUGGCAACGCAUAGCGAUGGCACGAGUCCAGAAAGUGUCGUCAGCGAGUCACCGAGUGCUUCGACUGCUUUCGGGAGGAAAGAAGCGCUAUGCAAGGGCAAAAAUAGAAAGCGGAUCAUGGGAGGAGAUUGGUACGACGUGAAAUUGGCAGAACUCGAGCUGGGGAACCCAUCGAGUUGGAGCGAGACAAUCAAUGCUAAAGAAGAGGAGAGACGCGUGAAUUUGACCACGCUGGAGGGGCUGUCGAAAGGGCAACGGAGGAGAGGAGAACGCCACUUUGAUCUGACAAUACCGGAACAUCUACCGAGCAGUCCUCUGUGUCCGAGAAAUCAUCGAUACUGGCGUGUUGUGGCGGGGAAAGGCAGUCAAUUCAGGGGCUGUUGGAUGCACGGGGUGGGGGUGUAUAAUGGUCAUGAUCAUGAACGUGAACAGGAGGAAGAAGGGGAUGGGGAAGAUGACACAUGA